AUUCCUGUUAAUAAUUUCUUAGACAUCCAUAGUCCCAAAUCGCUACAUCUGUGAUUAAAAUAUUGUUGUUAAAUUUAAUAAAAUCUUAGUGUCCGUCUCCAAACGACCAAACUUCAGCCUCGUGAACCUUCGUGAACAGUUGCUUCAACUUGCCCCGAGCUCAGCGUCACUAUACUGUCAUGGCAGCGCCCAUGGCUGACUGGCCAGGAUGGUUCCCUGCUUUAGCAAUUGGGGUAACCUUCCUCAAGUGUCUUUUGAUAAACACAUAUCAUUCCACAGAUUUUGAAGUUCAUAGAAACUGGCUUGCAAUCACACACAGUCUACCCGUUUCCCAAUGGUACUUUGAGGACACUUCAGAAUGGACCCUGGACUAUCCUCCCUUUUUCGCCUGGUUUGAGUAUUGCCUGUCGCAUGUGGCCAAACAUUUUGACAAAGAAAUGCUAGUUGUGCAGAAUCUCAGCUAUGCAAGCCCAGCCACCAUUCUGUUCCAAAGACUCUCGGUCAUACUUGUGGAUGUGGUGUUUCUCUACGCGGCGCGAGAGUGCUCUAAAACCGUGGGAGACAACAAGGUGAAGGAAGUUCUUGGAAAACCGUCCUUUGUGUGUGCGGCUCUGCUGGUGUGGAACUUCGGCCUGCUGAUUGUUGACCACAUCCAUUUUCAGUACAAUGGCUUCCUGUUUGGCAUAUUGCUUCUGUCCAUCGCAAGACAUUGUCAAAGUAGACACCUAGAGGGCGCCCUUCUCUUUGCCAUCCUGCUGAAUCUGAAGCACAUUUUCCUGUACAUCGCACCUGCCUACGGUAUCUUCCUGUUGAGGUCUUACUGCUUCACAUCAAACAACUCAGAUGGCUCAAUAAAGUGGAGAAACUUCAGUGUGGUCCGAUUGGCAGCUCUGGGGACCAUUGUCCUGUCUGUCUUUGCGGUGUCUUUUGGCCCGUUCAUCGCUAUGGGCCAGCUGCCCCAAGUCCUGUCCAGGCUGUUCCCCUUUAAGCGGGGCCUGUGCCACGCCUACUGGGCCCCCAACAUAUGGGCCCUCUACAACGUAGCAGACAAAGGCAUGGCCAUACUAGGGGUGAAGCUGAAGCUCUUGGAUGCUGAUAAGCUGCCCAAGGCGUCGAUGACCGGAGGGCUCGUGCAGGAGUUUCAGCACUCGGUUCUGCCCUCCGUCAGUCCCCUGGUCACGCUGCUCUGCACACUGCUCUCCAUCACUCCGGCUCUGCUCCACUUGUGGUUCCGGCCCAGUGGACCCAGAGGAUUCCUGCGCUGCGUGGUCAUCUGUGCUCUGGGCUCCUUCCUGUUUGGCUGGCACGUCCACGAGAAAGCCAUCCUCAUGGCCAUACUUCCUCUAAGUUUGCUUGCUGUGGAGAGCAGAGCGGAGGCUCGGACGUUCCUCCUGCUGACCACUACUGGACACUACUCGCUGUUCCCGCUCCUGUUCACGGCUCCAGAGCUGCCCAUCAAAGUGCUCCUCAUGGUGCUGUUUACAGUGUUCUCCUGCACGUCAUUGAAGACUCUUUUCAGUAAGGAGGGCAGCGUGCUGGGUGCAGUGGAGGGGCUGUACCUGGCGGGGCUGGUGCCCCUGGAGCUGCUGAGUGGGUGGCUGUACCCGCUGAGCCCCUGGCACAGCUCCAUGCCCUUCGCCCCCCUCCUCCUCACCUCCACCUACUGCGCCCUCGGGGUCACCUACGCCUUCUGCAGCCUCUACCUGACUCUGCUCACCAGCCAGCCCCCCAGACACAAGGACAAGUCUCUGUGAGGGAGUGUGUGUGUGUGUGAAUACGGAACCCUCGGAGUCAUCUACUCCUUCUGCAGACUAUCUCUAAAGAGACCUGUCUCUACUGAUGGGCCAGUCUGUCAAAACAUAAGGAUACGUUUGUGUGUGUGUGUGUGUGUGUGUGUGUGUGUGUUUGUGUGUGUGUGUGUGUGUGUGUGUGUGUGUGUGUGUGUACAUACUGUAUGACCAUUUAUGCUUGUAUGCAUGUUUUCGUGAGAAUGACUGUGUGUGUGCCUGUGAGUGUGUUAAUGGGAUGCAUACAUAUAGUUACUAUUGCACUUA